ACUUUCCUUUUAAUGAGAGGAAUUAAUGUUUAUUAGAAUCCUAUUGAAAAAAAUAUGCAUAGGUUGUAGGAACUGAAAAUUGAACAUGGAUAUUAAAACAACACCAUGAAAUUCCUGCCCUUUCUUCAUUUCUGCAUGUCAUACAGCACUGAUUCUAGUAAAUACCUUACCUUAUUGCAAGAAAAAAGACAAAAAAAUAUUUCUUUUUAGUUAAUUCCAAAUAUAAAUGAAGUGUCUGAGUAAUUACUAUGUAAUUCAUGUAGAAAACAAAGAUAAACUGAUUAUGUCUGCAGAUUUCUAUGUUGUCAAUGUCACUUACAGAGGGUGUUCCAUGAAUUUCUUUUAUAAUUAAAUAAAUAAAAUCCUGUUUUGUAAAUCAGGCUGAUGUAGGAGGGCAUUUUGUAACCAACAAUAUAUAUUAAAUUGACCAAAAAAAAAAACGAUGUUAAAGGAUGGAAUUCAGUAUUUUUCACAAAAACUUAAGGUAUUAGAGGUUUCUAAGGGACUCACGUAAUUUAAAAAUACCACCUGUCUCUUCUCAUUUGUCUUUUCUUUUUUGAUUUUUCAAGACAGGGUUUCUCUGUGUUGCUUUUGGACCCUGUCCUGAAACUCACUUUGUAGACCAGGCUGUCCUUGAACACUCAGGGAUUCACCAGCCUCUGCCUGCCGAAUGCUGGGAUUAAAGAAUCCAUUGACUUUCAAGGACGUGGCCAUCAGUUUCUCCAAAGAAGAAUGGGAAUGCCUGGACACAGCUCAGAGAAAUUUAUACAGAGAGGUCAUGUUGGAGAACUACAGCAACCUAGUUUCUGUAGGCCUUUCUGUAUCAAAACCAGAGCUAGUCACCUGUCUUGAACAGAACAAAGAACCUUGGAUUGUGAAUAUAGAGCAAGCAGAAGACACAGAACCAGCUCUCUUUUGUUAUCCCAUUCAGGAGUCAUUCACAAAAGAGUGUACCCAGGAUACUUACCAAAGAGAAAUAUCAGGACAGUUUGAAAGUAAUAGCCUCGGUGAAUUACACAUAAGAGAGUUCUGGACAUGUAUAUCUGACAAUGAAAAGCAUGAAACAUGUGCUGAUGGAAAUGAUCUUUUUGUAGUAGCCAUCACUGACAUUCCUGACAGUAUAGAUGAAGAAGUUCCAGCUUCUCCUCACAAAGCUCACUCUGCAUCAUUUCCAUUCAGAUCCUGCAAUUUCCAUUCAGCUAUUCAAAAUGACUCAAGACACACUGAUGGGAAACAACCAACAUUCAAAGCAUGUAGACAGUAUUUUACCCACCCAUCAAAAUUUGAGGGGAAUCCAAGAUUCAGUGUUGGACAAAUUAAUAAAAUAUUUGGAAGGAUUUACAGGAGAUGCUCAGACCUUUUCAGAAUUAAUGUGGUUCAUACUAGAGAAAAAAUGUGCAAAUGUAAAAUAUGUGGAAAGUUGUUUUCUACAUUUUCAGUACUUGAGGAGCAUCAUAAAAUCCAUAUGACAAAAGAAUCAUACAAAUGUCCAGAGCAUGACAGUUUCCAUUCCCAUGAAUCAAAAUAUAGAACUCAUUGUAAAAUCCACACUGAAGAGAAUGCUUUUAAAUGUACAGAGUAUGGCAAGUUGUUUGCCCAUGGGUUUUCUCUUCAUCUUCCUCAGAGAAAUGAUUCAGGAGAAAAACUUUUCAUACAUGAAGCAUGUGGCAAGUCUUUUACUCAGAGUUCAACACUUCAUAUUCAUCAGAGGAGCCACACUGGAGAGAAACCUUAUAGAUGUAAGGAAUGUGGCAAGUCAUUUAACAAGGCCUCAAAUUUUAAAGUUCAUCAGAGGAUCCACACUGGAGAGAAACCUUACAAAUGUCAUAUAUGUGACAAGUCAUUUACACAGAGCUCAACAGUUCAAAAUCAUAAAAGAAAACAUACUGGAUUGAAGCCUUACAAAUGUAAUGUAUGUGGAAAGUCCUUUACUCAUAGCUCAACACUUAAAGUUCAUCAAAGAUUACACACUGGAGAAAAACCUCAUAAAUGCGCUGUAUGUGGAAAGUCCUUUAUUGUAGGCCCCAACCUUAAAGUUCAUCAAAGAAUACACACUGGAGAAAAACCUUACAAAUGUUCAGAUUGUGGAAAGUCCUUUACUCGGAGGUCAACACUACAUGUUCAUCAAAGAAUACACACUGGAGAGAAACCUUAUAAAUGUUCAGAUUGUGGACAGUCCUUUACUCGGAGGUCAACACUACAUGUUCAAAGAAUACACACUGGAGAGAAACCUUAUAAAUGUUCAGAUUGUGGCAAAUCCUUUACUCACAGGUCAAAUCUUCAUGUUCAUCAAAGAAUACACACUGGAGAGAAACCUUAUAAAUGUUCAUAUUGUGGCAAGUCAUUUUCUCAGAGGUCAACAUUCAUGUUCAUCAAAGAAUACACACUGGAGAAAAACCUUACAAAUGUUUAGAUUGUGGAAAGUAUUUCACUCGUAGCUCAAAUUUUUAUAUUCAUCAAAGAAUACAUUCAG